UCGCCGUCUCAAUGGAAGAAGAGACUUCUUCCAUUCCAAGAAGGAAAGGAAGGAAAGGAACGAUAAAAAUUUUUGAAAUGGAGGAAAACAAUUUGACAACAACUCGACCCGUGAAAGAAUUCACACAUGGAAAAUAUUGUGAUUAUCUGGAAUGGAGUGAAAGGACCCAAUAUUUGGCCAGUGGUGGGGAUAACAAAAUCCAUAUUUGGUCUAUGGACCACGACUGGCCAAUUUAUAGGCUGAGGUGUCCUCUGGAUGACGGCGGGAAAAAAAUUGCUUGGCGCUUGUGCACAGGAAAUGGGGAAGAAGAGGGCGGACUCGAAAUGGCAAGGAAAUCAGCCAAAAACUUCACUUUUGCUUUUGUUUCGACGUUUGAUGACGUUUCUAUUUGGAAUCCUCUGGAAAUACAAGGACGUCUUUCCGAUGACACAGACAUAGAAACGCUCGCCUUUUCAUCGGACGGUCGAUUUCUUGCAGCCGGAGGCAAAAAGAAAUUAAUGAUUUGGUCAACGGAGGACUGGGUACAAAUAGGCCUACACAAACAUAACUACAGAAUUAUUCAAUCGAGAGACCCAAAGAAUAUAUCAUUUUUCACCACAAAAUCUACAAACCUUUACGAGAAUAAAAUUAUAGUCAAUUAUAUCGGAGGGGGCAGGAGAUUAUUUGAAUUCGCGUUCGAAGAAAGUAACAUUUCUGAAUUGGCCAGUUAAUUAUCAACAGAAUACGAUGACAAGGACGAGGAUGAUGACGUGGGCGCCGAUAGGGAAGACGUUAGUCCUCCAAAACGCCUAGAGGGGUCAUUCCUCUAAAUGGAAACUAGUGAAAAACAGGAUGUCCUGCAAAAGACAACCAUUUAAUAUUUUCGAAAUAAAUCAAUGAUAUUUUUAUCCAAAUGUACUGGGGCCCUUCAAACUACGUGUUGGAUUUUUGCAUUCUGAUUGUUUUCACUGCAUCGUGCGUCUAGAUUUGAUUGUUCGAUUUCGAUUUCGGUCGUGUUCGAUUUCCAUCAGCAAAUUGCAUUUUUUUUUCUGUAUUUUCUACGACCUACGAGAUUUUUCAUUUCUUGCCUUCUAGAUGUUAUGUCACAUUGAAAUUGUUUCAAUAACAUAAAAAAAUGGAAAAACAUUGUCGAAUCAGGAAACCCUGUCAAUUUGUUCCAUAAAAAAACCAUUUUCUCUCACCAAGGGCAAAAGCAGACAGACUGAAAAAAUAAUUUUCACUUCUUUGUUAAUAAACUGUCACACAUCCA